AUGAGUACCGCUGUAGAGUACGCGCGGCCGGAGACCCGACGAAAGCCCGUAUACGAUAUGAUGGACGACAUUGUCAUCAGUGGUAUCGCCGGAAGAUUUCCCGAAUCCGAUAAUAUGGACGAAUACGCGGACAAUCUGUUCAAGAAUAUAGAUAUGGUUACCGAAGAUGACAGACGAUGGCCUAUAGACCUAAACUCAGGAAUCGUGGGAAGAAGUGGCAAAUUAAAAGAGAUCGACAAAUUUGAUUCAGUCUUCUUCAGCACAUUUGGUCUGUUGGCGGACGCGAUGGACCCGCAGGCGAGGAUCCUCUUGGAGACCACUUAUGAGGCCAUUUGCGACGCCGGUAUUAACCCGCAAACACUUCGGGGCAGUCGUACCGGUGUUUAUGUGGGCAUCAAUACAGUGGCGUGUGCCGACGGUUACCCGCAAAACGAUUUCGACGACUGCCGCCGGAAGGAGGCGGCCCUCUGGGUGUACGGCACGUCCAAAGCGCUGUACGCCAACCGGAUCUCCUUCAUGUUCGACCUGCACGGGCCGUCCACUCUCAUCGACACCGCCUGUUCCUCCUCUAUGGUGGCGCUCCAGAACGCGGUGGCGGAGAUGCGGACCGGCAACUGCGAGAUGGCCAUCGUGGGCACCGGCAAUCUGGUUCAGGCGCCCUUCUCGAACCACGUCUACACCUCUAUCGGUUUGUUGGCCUCCGACGGCAAGUGUAAGGUGUGGGACAAACGGGCCGACGGUUUUGUCCGCUCGGAGACCGUCGGUUGUCUUCUCCUACAGCGCCGCUCUCAGGCCAAGCGAGUCUACGCCACUGUAGUCCACGCAAAGACCAAUACCGAUGGGUUUAAGUCCAUCGGACUCUUCUCGCCGUUUUGGUUACGACAGAGAGAUCUGAUGAUCGAGACGUACGAAGAGGCGGGCGUCGACCCCAAAGAGAUCAAGUUCUUUGAAUCGCACGGCACCGGCACUAAUGUCGGCGAUCCUCAAGAGGCCAAAGCCAUCGCUGAUGCCUAUUGUCAGGACAGAAAGGAGCCGUUACUGUUGGGAGCGGUGAAGAGUAAUUUGGGUCACUCGGAGGGCUCGUCGGGUCUGAACUCAAUCGGUAAAGUGAUCGUAAUGUUUGAGAAUAAGAGCAUUCCGGCCAAUCUUCACUUCCAAGAGGCCAAACCCGAGAUCGAGGUCGUCGUCAACAACAUCUUGAAGCCGGUGCUGAAGAACACGCCGUUCGCCGGCGGUAUAGUCGGUGUCAACUCUUUCGGCGUCGGAGGGGUUAACGCACACGCGUUGCUUAAAUCGUGGGACAAGGAGGCGGACCCCGACAUCUUCAACAUUGUGACCCCCAUCCCGAGAUUGGUCAACGCCUGCGGUCGCACUCCGGAGGCCGUCAAUCAUAUCUUUGAUUUCAUUGAGAAAAACCCUCUGAAAGUGAACCGCGAGUUCUUGGCUCUGAUCGGCGAACCCAUGAAAUCUCAGGCGCCGAAAGGGUCGGCCGGUUUCCCACACAGGGGUUACCUCGUUAUCAAAGAGGAGACACUGGGAGACGGCACCAAACAGUUGACAUAUAACCGCACCAUCAACGCCGCCGGCCGCACAAACCAGAACUGGUUGUGUUUCUCAGGAAUGGGCAGUCAGUGGACAGGAAUGGCCCGACCGUUGAUGGCUAUACCGACGUUCGCCGAGUCGCUGAACGCCUGCGCGGAAGCGCUUAAACCGUUAAACUUUGAUCUCAUGAGUCUUCUGCUCAGCGACGACAAGGAAGAGCUGAAGAAGAAUGUGACGAAUCCAUUCGUGGCCAUAACGGCGAUGCAGAUCGCGCUCUACGAUCUGCUCUGUCUUCUGGACAUUCAAUUCGAGGGCAUAAUUGGCCACUCGUUCGGUGAAGUCGCCUGUGCUUACGCUGACAAGUGUCUCACUCGGGAACAGGCAAUACUCACCUCCUAUUGGAGGGGUAAGAUUGUAGAGUCGGCCAAAUUGCCACGAGGAAUGUUGGCGGCGGUCGGCCUGUCGUGGGAGGAGACAAUCAAACGCUGUCCCGACGGAAUCGUCGCCGCGUGUCAUAACGGAUCCGAUUCGGUGACCAUAUCUGGUCUGUACGACAAUAUGCUUAAGUUUAUCGAUCAGUUGAAGUCGGAGAACGUGUUCGUGAGACCCGUAGCCGGCGGUGACUUUCCCUAUCACAGCCCGUUCAUGAAUUUGGUGGCGCCUCAGCUCUUGGCUCAACUCAAUCGCGUGAUUCCACGCCCACCGGAGCGAUGCCCGACGCCUCGUCUAUCAGUUUGUGUGCGCCCUCUUCUGUGGUCGCGUUCACCAACCAUCCAAUACGACAGCUCCAGACCGAAGCCUCCCAGACCUCCGUUGUGUCACAACGAGAAGAAACCAAACCUUCGAGGGAUGAAACCAUGUUCUGGUGGUCGCCUCCACUGUCAUCGGGUUUACAUUGAGUGUCACUUUGUCUCGUUCUUCGUCUCUGAUUUUAAUGAGAACUUUGCCGACAACAAACGGUCAUCAGUACAUAGCCUUCCGCAGAAGCCGGAGUAA